ACGUAUGGGGUCUUCCAACUAAUUGGUGAACUCCACGUCAGCCUUAGGGAAGGGGAAGUUGUUAUGGUCUGACGUGUUAAACUUCGAGUUGCCGCCUUCCUCACCCAUUCGCCUUUUCACUGGAGUUUCUUAGGGCCUUUUACUAGUCAGCAAUGGUCUAUGACACCGUUGGAAAGAUCAAAGAUUGACUAACGUGACGAGAAAGCGUUUAGACGUGGAUGUCGUCCCACCGGAAACGACACAACAACAACGACAUCAUGUUUGUGUGGCUCCAGUUUUUCUUGUCGUUUCUAGUUCUGGUGUCGCCGGUGUUUUCUGAGCGAGCCACGCCGACUACCCUGUCUGUGCCGGAGUCUCUUCUCUUCGUGUCCACCCUAGAUGGUACUCUGUACGCCAUCAGCCACAGGACUGGGGCCGUACGGUGGCUUUUGAAGGAAGACCCCGUCAUACAAGUCCCCACAGACAUCACCACAGGUCCAACCUUCCUCCCUGACCCUAAGGAUGGUUCUCUCUACGUCUUCGGCGGCGCCGGGACCACAGAAGGACUCGCAAAACUCCCGUUUACGAUCCCAGAACUGGUGAACGCCUCUCCCUGUAAGAGUUCGGACGGGAUUUUAUACACGGGGAGGAAGACCGAUACGUGGUACGCCAUAGACCCGGUGACAGGCAUCAAACAACAGAAGUUAACCAUGGAAGGAACUGACCGCGUCUGUCCCAGUUCGGACGCCUCCACACUAUUUCUUGGUCGAACGGAGUACAACAUCGCCAUGUUUGACAGUAAGACACGAGAGCUGCGGUGGAACGUGACGUACAUGGACUACUCCGCGCACGUGGCGAAGGACAGCAGCGACUACCCGCUGCGCCACUACUGCUCCAGCUCGGACGGCCUCAUGAUCACGGUCGACUCCGUGUCUGGGAAAGUAUUAUGGGAUGCAAACUUCACCUCCCCCGUGAUCGCCAUGUAUGCCUGGGACAAGGACGAGAUGAAGAAAGUGCCGUUCACGAACAUCGCCAUGGAAACCCUGGAACAGAUUGUUGGACAGGUGAGGGUGCCCGCGUGGGGCGAGCUCAUCAUGGGGAAAUCCCAAGAGACCAAGCUUCUUCCUACGCUGUUUGUCGGGGAGUACGCCCACGGUUUGUACGCGAUCCCUUCUCUUGUAGACGAGGAUGUCACGGUCUCCCCACGGAAUGAAGUACCCCUACUAGACGGGCCGACUCCUCCGCCAAGCCUGCCCCCGACCACGUCCAUCCCCAGUACCGGGAUGCACAGCGAGUCCGCCCGCGCUACCACCAAGAGGAGGGGUUCGGUGGUACUCGGUCAUCACGAGUCCCCACUCGUGGUGAACUCUCGCUUGCAACCCAGUCGACAUAUCCCCCACAACACCGUAGACCCCAGCCUACCCAUACGCGAGGAUGGCAACAGGAAAAACAGAAGCAACCCAGAUGUGUUGAUAGAGUAUGACGAAUCUGGCAUUCCGGACUGGCUUAUACUUGUUAAUGGGAUUGUCAUAGGGGCUAUUGUUUUGGUUGUAAUAAUGGCUCUGGUGAGGCAGUAUAGGGGUGAGCCGCAGUCCUCACGCAUGUCUCGCUUGAGUGAAGCAUCGACAGCCAGUUUCGGUGAAGGAUAUCCGAAUGAGGAGAGCCUAGAGGGUUAUCAUCAAGUUGGAAAGGUCAUGUUCAAGCCAGAAGACAUCCUUGGCUAUGGCUGUGAAGGUACCAUCGUCUACAAGGGUCGAUUCGACAAGCGAGAUGUAGCGGUCAAGCGAAUACUCCCGGAAUGCUUCAGUUUCGCAGACAGAGAGGUCAACCUGCUGCGGGAGUCGGACGAACAUCCGCACGUCAUCCGAUACUUCUGCACGGAGUCCGACAAACAGUUCAAGUACAUCGCUCUGGAGCUGUGCGCCGCGACCCUGCAGCAGUACGUGCAGAAUAAAGACUUUGAACGGCACGGUCUGGAGCCCGUAGAGCUGCUGUAUCAGGCCGUGUCUGGUAUAGCUCACCUCCACUCCCUAGGUAUCGUGCACAGGGACGUUAAGCCUCACAAUGUCUUGAUAUCCCAGCCUAAUGCACACGGCCAGGUCAAAGCCAUGAUCUCAGACUUUGGAUUAUGUAAGAAACUAGCUCAGGGAAGACAUUCUUUCUCGCGCCGAUCAGGUGCAGCAGGAACAGAAGGGUGGAUCGCACCAGAGAUGUUGGACGAUGAGAAAAGGACCACCUGUUCCGUUGACAUCUUCUCAGCUGGCUGUGUAGUGUACUACGUGUUGACCAUGGGGAAACACCCGUUUGGUGACUCCCUGCGUCGACAAGCCAACAUCUUGACAGGGGAAUAUAGCCUCGAUGACCUGUGCAUGAAAGAAGCGGUGAAAGAAGUUUCUCUGUCUCCCAUGUGGACAAGGAAAGUGCAGAAGCCGGCAGUGCUUCCCAAAAUAGAUGAAAGCCAACUUCUUGCAGCAAGAGAGUUGAUCAAGAUGAUGAUCAGGCAAGAUCCCACGAUGCGUCCAACGGCGAAUUCCGUCCUGAAGAGCCCGUUCUUCUGGAGCAAGGAGAAGCAGUUGCAGUUCUUCCAAGACGUGAGCGACAGAAUUGAGAAGGAACCGCUAGACGGACCACUCGUAACGGAGCUGGAAUUCGGUGGCAGGACUGUGGUGAAGGGAGACUGGCGGUCGCGUAUCGGCGUGGAGCUUCAGACGGAUCUCAGAAAGUUUCGCUCGUACAAGGGUAGUUCGGUACGGUGUCUCCUACGAGCCAUGCGCAACAAGAAACACCACUACUUGGAUCUGCCGCCGGAUGUUAGGCGCGCUUUGGGCAGCGUUCCUGACGAGUUUGUGUCGUAUUUCACCCGUCGCUUCCCGAUGCUUCUCUGGCACGUAUACAAAGCCAUGCUGAUUUGCAAGAACGAGAGAGUCUUCCAGGGGUACUACGAAAAGAACGACGAGUCCAUGGGACCCACGAAACUGCAGCAGACAAAUAAGAAAGAUUCAAAAGAGGGCGUAGAAGAAGUGAAGUCUGAAAACGAACAACAGCAGAAGGAAACAGUGAAGAAUUCUGAAGCAGUCGACAAAAAAUUAGACAAAGGAAAUAAUCUCCAAAUACACCAGAGAAAUGGUAAUGCAUCAUCUUAAUUGCUGUACCUAUGAAUUGAAGAAGGACCAAAAUUAUCUCAUUAGAAGUUACUGUAGUUAAAUAAUUCAAGGAAGAAAGUUCUUAAUUUGUAUAUAAAACUAUUUACACAGAGAAUGUACUUGGAAAAAUGAUUGAUGUGUAUUUUUGCUCUGGAAGAAGCUCACAACUAUUUUAACACAGAUGUAUAAAUACUACUUGUGACUUAUACAUGUAUUAACUAAUAUUUUGCUUGUCAUUUAUAUGAAUACUAUGAUAAUCAUGUACAGUAAAUAUUGGAAAAAUCUGUAUAUAGCAUUGAGUACUGGUAUGUAUAUGUAUUUGGAGGUAUGCUGCUCUGGUAAACAAGAAAAUUGUUUGGAAUGGAAUUGUAAUUUUUAAACUAUGAAUUAUUGUACUCAAGCUGAACAAGGAGGGUGUUAAUUAAUGGAGUUGGGGUUGCAUGUUUACCUAUGUAAAAGAUUCACUUGUGACUUGGUUAUUUUUCCUGAUCUUGUUCUUGACAGGGGUGCCUGGAAUUAAUGUGAAAAUAUCUCAAAGCUUGGUAUGCUGGUUCAGUUCAGUAGGUGUGUGUCUGAGAACUAUGUCCUAUCUUUACUGUGUGACAGAAGGCACUUUUAUGCUUUCCCAAUUUACCAUAGUGUCAUGUGUUCCAUGUGAGAUUGGUUCAUAAUU